CACCCACCACCCCUCCCCCUAUAAAAGCCAGCCCCUUCGCCACCUCGGGACCUCCAUUGCCAGAGCUCAGCAGCUCAUUUCUCCGCCACCUCUCCCGACGGAGAUCCAGUGAACGGGGCGUUUUUCCUCUGCCUCCUCCCCCCUCUCUCUCUUUCUCUUUUCUAGCUCCUGUACAGUUUCAGAUCUGAAGAAGAACCAAGUAUGGGGACUGAGAUCUUACGGCCGCAGGACUGCCUGAAAGGCAGGAUCAGGACCUCGCCGGCGCUCUUCUCUCGCCGGAGGGGAUGUAACUACGGGAACUCCUACUCUAACAAUCAUACCAACCUUAACCAUAACCCAAACCCAAGCCCAAACCCCAGGCCAAGCCGGAAGCAGCAGCAGCACCAACCGGUUCGAUCCGAGAAACCGGACCACAAGAGGAGGCCGGCCCAGCCGGAGCCGAGGAGAUGGAGCUCCGAUGACGGCAGAGCCGGCCUCGUGGCGGAGAAGGUCACGAUCCUCCGCCGGGGCGCGUCGCUCGACUCGAAGAUGAAGAGCGAGCUGUCCCUGAAGAAGGAAGGAGGCGAGAGGGGGGCGAGGCAGGCCCAGGCGACGGAGCUCCGGUCGGUCACGAUCCUCCGCCGGGGCGCGUCGCUCGACUCGAAGAUGAAGAGCGAGCUGUCCCUGAAGAAGGAAGGAGGCGAGAGGGGGGCGAGGCAGGCCCAGGCGACGGAGCUCCGGUCUCCGAUGAUGACGAAAUGCGACAUGUACGCCGGGUCGGCUUUCGCGGUCUCCCCGGAGCCGAGCUCGCUCCCUCUGCCGUCUUUUUCAAAGAAGAAGCUGGUCUCCUUCGACGAUUCGGCCACCAGAGACCUCCGCCGGCUGCUCCGAUUGGAUGAUUAGUCGAUCGAUCGGACCUGAUCCGAUCACGGAGCUUCGCCGUCAUCAGAUCUCUCUCUCUCUCUCUCCCAUCUGCCAUUUCCACCGUUGUCCGUCUCUGUAACUUUUUUUCUCUCGAUGUUUCCCAGGUCUGGGCCAUUCCGUUAAUUUUUUUGGAAAUGGAGGGCCGAUCUGGAAAUAGGAGAAAUAGUUGGGGCGAGUAGUUGAUAAUAUUUAUUUUUCCGCUGUUGUAACUGGCUAGGUUCGUAGUUUGGGAGGAUGUCUCUGGAAAUUGACGGUAGACGUGAUCUUUGUGGGUUGAUGUUAGGCUGUUGUAGUCGGCCGAGGUUGGUUCUGGAAGAAAUGGAAAAGUAUGGGGGGUUGAUUGUAAUAUGGGGAAAUAGUUGUAUUAGGUACCAGUCCUAGAUUUCGGAGUGGCUUUUUUUUUUUUUUUUUAUAAAUUUUCAGAUGCUGUAGUCUUCUUUCUUUUUUGUCAAGCUUUUAGCUGUAAGGAGUCCUAUUGUGAGUCUCUGAUGCUUAGCGUCUGUUAUGUAAAGAAGAUGGAAUUUCAGGUCCAUUCAUUUGUUGCAAGAAUCUCGACGGAAUAGCAAUCGCCUUAGAACCCGAAGGCUUUCCGUA